CUCGUAGCCGGCUACGAGGUGGAUAGAUCGAGUGGCGGGGUAUUCUGCAAUUGUGCCGACUUUUGGGUAGACAGUCAUAUUUGAAUGAAUGUAUUUGGUACUUUUUGGUAGGCUACUCACAAAUUUACUCAGACUGGGACCGUCAUGACCCAUAAGCUUGAAUGGGAGUUACGCCAACGUGAGGAAGAAAUCGCUGAGCUCCAGAAGGCCCUGAGUGACAUGCAGGUUUAUCUCUUCCAGGAGAGAGAUCAUGUCUUAAGGCUCUUUGCUGAAAAUGACCGCCUGAAGAUACAAGAACUGGAAGAUAGAAAAAGAAUCCAGCAUCUGUUAUCAUUAUCAAGCCCAUCAGGUCCUGAAGUGACAUACUUCCACAAAGAACCAUCAACGCGGGCAAUUGUCACACAGAAACACCCACAAAAGAGACAUCCACAUGCAGAGGGUGAAAUAUUGGGGUUUAAAAGCCAGAGUGCCAAGCAGACCACAGAACAACAUUAG